AUGUGGGCACCGUCGGGACCCCGGCUGGGGUGGUCGAGACACUUCGGGGCCAGGGACCUCUCGGCCGUCCACGAGGCGGUCGAGUGGAUCAACGCUACGGUGUUGCUUACGCCUGGAAGGCCGUCCAGUCGAGACGCUCCAGCGGCUGCAUGCAUCUCGCCUAAUGACCAGAGCAGCCGCGUGUUAGGCCGCAGGGAGACGUCUAUGGGCAAGUACAAGUCGAGCAUCCUCGGGGAAGUCAACUGGGAACUCGGCACCCCGAGCGGUGGCCCUAACACCCACCACAGCGGGUUCUGGAGCGAGAGCGAAGACGACGACAGUAACAGCGAUGAUAAUAAGCACGGAAGGCCGGCCGGUAGCAGCAGCAGUCGUCGCUGCCAAACGAGGCGAGAGGGCGGAUCGGGAUCAGAGGCCUUGCUCAACCGCGCGGUCUUCCAUUUCAUAGAGGCCUCCCUCAAGACGGUGAAUCAGACUUAA